GUGUUAGAAGAGUUGCGGCAAAUCGUUAAUCAAGGGGAUCCUCUGCAGAAAUACGAGAUAAAACGUCAAAUUGGUUUGGGCGCAUCUGGAACAGUGUAUGUAGCGAAUCGAAAUGAUACUAACGACGUUGUUGCUGUUAAACGAAUGGCUUUUAAGACACAACCGAAGAAGGAAAUGUUACUAACUGAGAUCAAAGUUAUGAAACAGUUCCGUCAUCCAAAUGUUGUUAACUAUAUCGAAUCAUAUCUCGUGGAUGCUGAUGAUUUGUGGGUGGUGAUGGACUAUUUGGAAGGUGGCAAUCUUACUGACGUUGUUGUGAAGACGGAGCUGGACGAGGGACAAAUAGCUGCCGUUUUGAAAGAAUGCGUCAAAGCGCUUCAUUUCUUGCAUAGUCAUUCCAUUGUGCAUCGUGACAUCAAAAGCGACAAUGUACUGCUCGGAAUGGAUGGACAGGUGAAGCUCACCGACAUGGGUUUCUGUGCUCAAAUCCAACCGGGCUCGAAAAGAGAUACGGUGGUUGGAACGCCAUAUUGGAUGUCCCCUGAGAUUCUCAACAAAAAGCGGUACAAUUAUAAGGUGGACAUAUGGUCGCUCGGUAUCAUGGCGCUUGAAAUGAUUGAUGGAGAGCCUCCUUAUCUUCACGAAACACCACUGAAGGCAAUCUACCUUAUCGCCCAAAAUGGAAAACCUGAAAUCAAAAGGCGAGACCAGCUUUCUCCCGAUUUCUUAGACUUCCUCGAUCGCUGCCUGGUUGUCGAACCCGAGGACAGAGCAGACACAGAAGAACUUUUGCGACAUCCGUUCCUUGCAAGGGCGAAACCGCUCAGCAGUCUCAUUCCAUACAUAAAGGCAGUCAAAGAACUCAAAGAAAAGGAGAAGCUCAGUCACAAAUAG